GCGAUAUCACAAAGUGCAAGUCAAUCCAUUAAUUUUCACAUAUUUUUCCCGAUAAAUAUUCCAAAAUUAACUAAAUGCUGCACUAAAUUUCGUUUCUGAGGGACCAACAACCAAACAGACUUUUGAACGAGUAGAUCAGUGUGUAGAAAGAAGGCGCGGAAGCAUGUCGUUGACCGCAACGCAAAACGAGGCGAUCGAGGUGCUCGUCGGACUGUGUUCGAGUUUGAAAAUCGCUCCAACCAUCACACAACUCUUACAGGAUUAUGCGGAUUUCGAGGGAAAACAACUCGACACGUCGAAUUUCAAGUCGCCGGUUGACUUUUUGAAGGCAAGCGGGCGCUUCGAAUUGAUUCCAACAGGCAACACCUUCAUCGUUAGCUCAAAAAUCAAUCUCGAGAGUCUCCAUAUUUUGUCGAUGGUCGAGAAACAAAAGACCUACAACGUCAGAGGAGCUCCCGGAAUGCGAAAACCUCCACAGAAAUUCCAUCAGAAAGGUUUCCGCCCACAAAAUUUCCAUCACAACAACAAUAAUCAUCAACAACAAGCGCUUCGGCCAUUACGAAAUGUCGCGCCAAAUGCCCGAAAUCCCCUACCAAAGAGUAUUUCGCCCGUUGCUGACCCAAAUAUGACAAAUCCCUUCGAUGCCGCGACUUUUACAAAAGUCCCGAAGAACAUUACCCCGGCGAAAUCGGUGCAAAAUCGAUUGGCAGUGGCAAAACGUUCAAUUUCCAACGACGAUAUGAAACCGGUGCGACAUGAUGUGCCCGUCGAAUGGUGGUCUACGGAAAAUAUGGGUGUCGUGGGACAUUUGGAGCAAUAUUGCAUCAUGAAGCAAUUGCCGCCCCCUGAUUAUACGUAUUUUAAGGUGAAGGAGGGGAAAACGUACAAGUUUCAGUGUCGCGUGACGAUUGAAGAGGCGACUUAUUCGACGUAUCCGGAGGAUUUUGAGACCAAAGAGAAGGCGAAGAUUGUUUGUGCAGCGCGUGCUGUCGAAAAUAUCAAGCUGAGUCAGGGAAUAACGCAAUAUCCGUUGUUUGAUGGCGACGACAAUGAGCUGGCAUGCAAGAUGUAUGAGAUUGUAAGGCAACAUAGUACGGGGAUUUUUUUGCAGGAGUUUCCGAAUCUCUUUCGAACAACUUACAAUCAAUCGAUCCCGUCGCAUUACAUCUCUCUCAUGACUGAUCAGUACCCGGAUUUAUUCAAAAUCGAGGAACUAUCGACGACUCAAAAGAAGAUUGUCUAUCCCGUCGAAGGCGCUGUCCUUCCACGACUUGCUUCCCAAUCGUCUCUCGUCGCAGAAUCUCCCGUUGAGACAUCUUCCCUUCUUCCGCCGCACAUUCAGCUUCCCUGGACUCAACAAACCUGGUCAAUUCUCGUAACAUUUGCCGAAACAACAACCGCUGUGUGGUGCAACUUGCUCGGAAAAGAACAUUACGAAGCCCGCGUCGAUUUGUACGACGAAAUUGAGCUCGCUGGCAUCACCGAACAUCCUACUGACAUCAUCACGAACGAAUAUUACAUCGCUGUUGUGCAUCAAUGCCCUCAUCGGAUCCGAAUUGUUGGAAAAACGCAAGAAAAUGACAAAUGGACUUGCAGAUUUAUCGACACCGGCGAGGAAGAAAGUCUCGAAAGUGACCAAAUCUACAUUUGUGACAAGAAAUUCCUCGAAUUGCCGGCACAAGCGAUCCAAUUAUCGCUCGAGGGACUUUCGCUCUUUGCGGAAAUCGAAAAUAUCGAUUAUUGUUUGACGGAAUUGAACGACAAAGUGUUGGUAGCGAAGAUCCAUACGACGGAGGAGGAGUUCCGGAAGCAUCGGGGUGCGAUUUCGGCAACGUUGUAUGACACCACGACUGAGGAGGAUAUCAACAUGAACGACAAGUUGAUGGAAAAGAUCCGGGAAACGGCGUUGGAGCCUUCGAAGUUGAACGAGAAGAUGAAUUGCAUGGUAAUCACGCACGUUUCGGACAAAGGCGUCAUUUUGGGGCAUCUUAAGGAGACGGGAUACAUGGAGCUGAUCAAGAAAGAGAUCAAAAAGAUCGUAAAAGAGGGAAAAUUGAAGGAAUAUGCGAAAACUGUCACGAGUAUCGUUGAAAGUGAGGGCGAAUUGUAUCUCGCGUACAACAAAAACACCUCAAAUUACGUGCGUGCCAAGCCAACGGGUCUCGAUGUCAAUACUCCCGACGUGCUUACCGUCACUCUCAUCGAUUACGGCACCGAUCUCAAGGUAAACAAGAAGGAAAUUUACCGUUUGCGUCCCCUUUCGAAGGCGCUCGAGGUAAUUCCGCCGCAAGCCAUUCGCAUGCGUUUGCACGGCAUCAACAACAACGACGACCAGUACAUGGGCUCGUUGUUGCGCGGAUUCCUCAAACCCAACAUGACUGCCUUGGUAAAAGUCAUUGACUUUUCCGUCGAUGCCAAAGAACCGCCCGUCUCGAUUUUCGUGCGAUCCGCCAAAGGGACGCUCCAAAGUCUGAACGAUGCCAUUACGUCGCAAACGAGCCUCAGUCCGUUGUGCGACAAAGAUCCCGCCGUGCCAGAAUUCAAUUUGGUGCCGGAUCUGCCGAAAUUCGUGUUGCCCGUGAUAAAGCAGAAGAUGCAGGUGAAGGUUAUUUUGUCGCAAUCGCCACAAAUGUUCUACGUUCAACCGAAGUCGCUGCAAAAGGGAUUUCAGCAACUCGCGUCGACGAUGCAAAAGUACUUUGAGACGAUGAAUGAGGCGUUGGAGUCGACAGCGACGUUGCAAAAUAAUGGGAUUUAUGCGGCGUAUCGAGAAGAAACCAAGGAAUGGUGUCGUGCCAAAUUACUCAACAUCUACGACCAAGAUCACAUCAAAGUAUCAUUUUCCGACUACGCUUGCAUCGACGUCAUUCCGCUGAAAAACUUGCGCGAUCUCCCAAGUCAAUUCAAACUUUUACCCGAACAAGCCAUCAAAGCCAAAUUAUACGGCGUCAAGCCGAAUGCCAAAGUCGGCGAAGCUGCUCAUCGUUUUAUCAAUUUAACGAAAAAUCGAGAAUUUGAAGCGGUUCUUAUGGAAGUCGACAAAGUCCCGGACUCGCUAGAUCGCGUAGUUACGUUGGACUUGUACAUUGAAGGACCUGAGGGUGAGGGCAACAUCUACCUAAGAGAGGUGCUCAUCAAUGAAGGACUCGCAGAUCCACAAAAUUAAUUUUUUACGAUUUAUAGAAGAAAAUUCUAUUUUUUAUGAUUAAGAAAGAAAACAUGUGAAACGAAUGUCAAUAAAAAGUACUAAGCAUUAACAUACUUUUACGAAAAAAAACGAAGAUCAAGUAUUACGUACUAAAUUUAUUUUUUUAAAUAAAACGUAAAAAAUCUACUAAUUUUUUUUUGUUUGUUUCAUUAAAUUAAAAUUUAAAAUUUAAUUAAUUUUUAAAUUAAUUUUUUUUUAUAAAAAAUUAAAAAAAUAAUAAUUAUUUAUAUUAAUUUUGAAGUUAAAUUUUUAUUAAAAAUUAAUUGAAACAAACAAGGACCAAUCAAAACUUCUAAUAUUUAAAGGCUGAAAGACACGAAUUUAAUGGAACUGAAAAAAGUUGCAAAACAGCAACAACGAAAACAAAAAAAAACUGAAAGCCGUCUGAAACGUGAAUGAAUUAAAACUAAAAAAUGCCAAGAAUAUUGCAACUUAUGAGCAAUAUUUAAAAAAAAAUGAUAACUUGAUACUAACCGAUAAAGGAAGAAAAUUAGGGAAUAAAGAUUAGAAGCCAGAAAAAGAGAGGAGCUAAGCAAUAUUUUUAUACUAUUUUUAUAUAUUCAUAUUUUUUUAUCAAAUAUUUGAUGAUUGACGUCGGUAAAUGGCGUAAAAAGCAUGAAAAAAAUAUAUUUUUAUUCGUUGAUGCGACGUAGAUUUUUUUUUACAUGAAAAAUAUUUUAUAUUAUGCGUAAAUUAAAUAUUGUUAUCAUUAUUUUCUGUUUUUUUUUAAUACUAAAACUUGUUACCUCCCCAUAUUUUAUUAUAUAUUAAUUAUUAUUAUUAUUUAUUAACACCCGUAAAAAUAUACCGAAAUUUAUGAAAAAAAAUGUUUAAAAAAUUAUAAAAAAAUUGGA